AUGUCCUCCCUGCAUUCGCUGCUCUGGACACUGGUAGUCUCAGCCCUGCUCGCCGCCGCCAAUACCAUCGACUAUCAUGAGCAGCUGGUGCUUCACCCACUACCGCCAUCAAACCUGCUGGCGUCCUUCAACUUCCGCAGCAAUGAGUCCAGUGCUGCGUUCGAACAGCAGAACUACCGCUAUUUCCCCCGUUCUCUAGGCCAGAUCCUACAGCAUACACAUACGAAAGAAUUGCAUCUGCGAUUUACCACCGGACGAUGGGAUGCGGAGAACUGGGGAGAAAGACCCUGGCAUGGCUUUAAGGAGGGAGGCACUGGAGUAGAGCUCUGGGCGUGGAUUGAGGCGCAGGACGCUGAUGCAGCAUUCAAAAAGUGGAUUUCGCUCACGCAGUCGCUAUCUGGACUAUUCUGUGCAUCUAUGAAUUUCAUUGACUCGACACGGACCACGACCCCUUCUCUUACUUUUACCCCCACUGGAACUAUACCGCAUGACGGACUACAUCUUCUCCAUGGCACGCUGCCGGGUGAGGUUGUGUGCACCGAGAACUUGACGCCCUUUCUGAAGCUUCUGCCAUGUAAAGGUAAAAGUGGCAUAUCCGGACUCUUUGACGGCCACAAGCUCUUUGAUGCGUCGUGGCAGACUAUGUCCGUUGAUGUUAGGCCGGCUUGUGCGGAGGACAAUUCUGAAAUAUGCCAUGUCGAGAUUGAGCAAACCGUGGACAUGGUCUUGGAUCUGGAUAGAUCAAAGCGGCCCAGAGACAACCCUAUUCCUCGUCCUGUUCCUGCUGCGGACUUGAUUUGUGACGAAUCCAAACCCUAUCACUCCGGAGACUUUUGUUACCCUAUUGGGGCAUCCCGGUCGCAGACAUGGAGCAUUGAAGACGUCUUCGGGCGAACGAUACCCUCCAGCUGCCCUCUCGGUCGGGAUGACGCGCAAACUGUCUGUAUCAAGGUCCCCGAUAGCAUGGAGGUACUACCGGGCUCUGACGCAGUAGAAACGCGUGCGUCAGACGGCAAUUCGCGCUGUUAUUCUCUGCAUCCCAACCAGCCUUUCAAUCUGGUCGUCCCCGCGCAACACUCCAGUAGCAGCUCCUUGGAGGCCCAAGUUGUGCACUUGGAAAGGACCAUAAUCGGCCACGGCCAAGAACGAGGAGGACUCAGGUCUAUUUUGACCAACCCUUCGCAAACCGACACAGCUAACUUCGUCUACUUUGAAACUCUCCCCUGGUUCAUGCGCCCAUUUUUGCACACGAUGAAGACAAAGAUCAGUUAUGGUUCAGAACCUGCAGUCGAAGUACCGCUCUCUGACAUUAUCAAGGACAUCUUUUACCGGCCUGCUAUUGACCGUCGUCGUGGCACGCAGUUGGAGCUCGUCUUGUCUGUCCCUCCAGCCUCGACAGUCACCCUGGUGUAUGAGUUCGAGAAGGCCAUCCUUCGGUACACGGAAUACCCACCAGAUGCCAACCGAGGCUUCAAUGUUGCUCCCGCCAUCGUCCGUGUUCUAAACAGAAACGAGUCGAUAAUGGCGCCUCCCGUCUAUCUACGCACCACCAAUCUUCUUCUACCGCUUCCAACGCCCGACUUCAGCAUGCCAUACAAUGUCAUCAUCCUGACAAGUACAGUUAUCGCCCUCGCAUUUGGGAAUAUAUUCAAUGUGAUAAUCCGUCGGUUUGUUACCCUCGAGGAGGCACCUCGUAGGAAUAUCAAAGCACUUCUACUGGGGAGAGUGGCAGCUCUUAAAAGCAAGUUGGGAAUAAAAGCCCAAGAGAAAGUAGCAUAA